GAGUCUAAAUAAGUUAGAUUUGUUUUUAUUUAACUCAUAUGCAGACAACGAAAACACAAAGGAACAAAAAAGAGGAAAAUGAGAGUGAAUAAUGCAUUAAAGGUUUUAUACCUGUUUGCUUUUUUUUGGUUUGUUUCUCUAGAUUUCUGAGGAGCCGAUCCUAAGGUUCAUGCUAAGGAAUUUUCAUUUAUGAAUGUAGAAGUUUUUUUUUUUUUUAUAAAUAGUGAGCUUCAUUUCUAUCUUAAAUAGAUGCUGGGUUUCCAAAUAUUUACAUUUACGAAAAAAAUAUUAUAAUGAGAACACCGGAUUUGCAAAACAAAAGCCGACCUGUUAAGUCUGAAUAAGUGUGUUCACUGUUCGUCCACUAGGGGUCAGUGCUGAGUCGUUAGUUGGCUCCUCCAAUCAGAGCCGAGCGCUCUGAUUGGUCGCUUGUGAAACAUCUGUAUUCGGUUCCAGUGGUUCGUGUCUCCGGCCAGAAAGCUGCAGCUGACAGAGACCUCGAUAAUCAAACAGCGAUCAGGUUGCCAGCGUUAACAGCAAGUAACAUGCAGCUGGUUUCCGGGCGCGCAGCUGCGGGUCGGUCCGGAUGUUUGGAUCAUGCUGUUUCGGCUCUCUCACGCUGACAAGAGAACUUCUAGGGCCCUGUAGAAAGACGAAUGAAUGAGUCAGGAUCACGCAGCCGUCCGGUCACAAUCAGUGUAUUUCUAAGCGGGUUUUAUUCCCAGGAUCAAGCUUUCCUCUCUGCUGCUGGGAGCUGGAUCUGCCGGUGAAGAUCCAGGUCUGCAGACGAAGGUUUUUCUGAGCGACGCUGCAGACACAAAGAAGCUCACCUCACAGUUUUUCUGUUUUUAAGGUGACAGCUUUCCCUCUGCGUUUCCACUAGCCGCCCAGACUGUCUGAUAUAUUGGACUAUUGAUAAGUUUCAUUUAGAUUUCCUUUCGUUGCAUCGGGAAGCUGCCAGGUUGGACCGAGGAAUGUUGUAAUUUAUUUUUAUUCUCAGGAGAAAGCAGAUUCAUCCGGAGCGUUUUAAUGCAAAGCCUGUGCAGGAUCAAGAUGCAGUUUCGGACGGUACUGGACGUGAAAGUUGUGGACGUGGAGAAGAGGCGGAAUCCGUCCAAGCACUACGUGUAUGUCAUCAAUGUCACCUACUCUGACAACACAUCUCACAUCAUCUACCGAAGAUACAGCAAAUUCUUCGACCUGCAGAUGCAGCUACUUGACAAGUUCCCAAUCGAGGGAGGGCAAAAAGAUCCGAAGAAGAGGAUCAUUCCAUUUCUCCCAGGGAAAAUCCUGUUCCGGAGGAGUCAUGUGCGAGACGUGGCCAUGAAGCGGCUGCGUUUCAUUGAUGACUACUGCAGGGCUCUGGUGAGACUUCCUCCUCACAUCUCUCAGAGCGAGGAGGUGCUGCACUUCUUCGAGACAAAAGCUGAGGACAUCAACCCCCCAGUGGAGGACUAUGGCUCCAAGCGCAAGUCUGUGUGGAUGUACGGCUUUACAGACAGCCCGAGGAAAGAGGCCUCAGGGAUUGACGGCUCAGAGCCCAUGGUGCUGGAGCAGUACGUGGCCGUGGCCAACUACGAGAGGCAAGAAAACUCUGAGAUCAACCUCAAGGCCGGUGAGACGGUGGAUGUGAUCGAGAAGAGCGAAAGUGGUUGGUGGUUUGUCAGCACAUCUGAGCAGCAGGGCUGGGUCCCAGCCACAUACCUGGACUCCCAAAAUGGAACCAGAGACGAUUCGGAUCUGGCCACCUCCAGGACUGGAGAAGUAACUAAGAGAAGAAAGGCUCAUCUGAAGAGGCUGGACCGCCGCUGGACACUCGGUGGUAUAGUUAACCGCCAGCAGAGUAGAGAGGAGAAAUAUUUGACUGUCCAGCCGUACACUAGCCAAGGGGCAGAUGAAGUGAGUUUUGAGAAAGGGGUCACAGUGGAGGUAAUCCAGAAGAACCUGGAGGGCUGGUGGUACAUCAGAUAUUUAGGAAAGGAGGGAUGGGCCCCGGCCUCCUACUUGAAGAAACUUAAAGAUGACUUCUCACCUCGUAAGAAGACACUGACGGGCCCUGUGGAGAUCAUCGGAAACAUAAUGGAGAUCAGCAACCUGCUGCAGAAGAAAUCUGUCAGCGAGAAGGACAUCCAGACAGAUGGAGAGGGAAGCAACACACCGGAACGCCACAUCACCAAGAGUGAAAUCAGCCUGCCCAUGCCUUAUAACUCAGAAAUCAACGCCGAGACAGGCAGAAGGCUAAGCGCUGGUCGUGACACGAACAGUCCCUGUCUGGGAAUAGCUGCGAGUUCUGCUCUGAGUGAGAAUAAAGGCAGAGGAGAACCCGGGUCGCCUGCUGUGGCACGAGUGGCUCCACACAGAGUGGAAAUUGGGUCUCCAAAUCUGAGGCAAAAACCACCCCCAAGAAGAGAAGCCAACUUGGGUCUCCAGUUACCCAAGCCUCCAGAGCCCCCUGCUGUGGAAGCAGAGUAUUACACCAUAGCAGAUUUUCAGUCCUCCAUCUCCGAUGGCAUCAGUUUCCAUGGAGGACAAAAGGCUGAUGUGAUAGAGAAGAACCCAGGAGGUUGGUGGUAUGUGCAGAUCGGAGAGUUGGAAGGUUGGGCCCCCUGCUCGUACAUCGACAAGCGCAAGAAGCCCAACCUCAGCAGACGGAGCAGCACUCUCACUCGACCCAAAGUUCCUCCACCAGCUCCCCCAGUCAAAAAACAAGACUCUGAGGAGGCCCCCCAACCUCUUAACCCUGCCUCCAAAGCCACAGAGCAGCCCAGCAGGCCUGUGUAUGAGGAGCCAGAAUACGAUAUUCCCGCAGUCGGAUGCGAAGGCGAAUCUAACAGUGAGUUUCUGAAGAACGAGCGCUCCCAAGAGGUAAAGACCAGCAAUGUGGUAACUGAAAAGUACCACAGCUCCCCUCCGUCAAGUAAAGCUUCGCCUCCAGUCUGCAAAGCAUCCCCUGUUUUCCCUCAUCGGAGAACCUCGUUCAGGUCUGUAGAGGAGGUCAGCAAAGCGGAGUGCAUCUAUGAGAACGAUGGCUUCAAGCUGAGCAGUGGCAUUGAAGGAACCAGAGUUAAAGGUUCCAGUGAACCCAGUUCCCCAAGGAGCUACCAUUCCUCAACAGUCCCACGGAAACCCUCUGGAUCUUCCCCUCUAGCUGGUUUACCCAGGAAAACUAUAACGCCAGAGAUGAGCCGAAGAAGCCAGACACUCGGCAGACAUGCAGACACGAGGUCUCAGGACAACAGCCCUCACUUAUCAUCAGAUGGUAUAGGUCCAAAGAAAAGUCCAGCCCUUAAACGAGAUGUGGCACUAGGAAUUGGUCAGAGCCCUUCCACCAGACCCAAGCCUUCUGUCAGACCUAAACCCCUCCUGACCAAGUCGGAACCCCAGAGCCCUGAAAGAAUGGACAUCAGCUCUCUGAGACGACAGCUGAGGCCUACCAGUCAGUAUCGACAUAACCUCAAAUCGACUCGUGGAGACGACUCUGAGACAGCUUCUAUUAUCUCCUCAGAGGGCUCUAUGUGUUCACACAGUACAUCCGAUUUGUCUUCUGUAUACUCUAAAGGGAGCCGAGGGGACUCAGACGUGGAAGGACCCACCUUGUACCGCUCUGUAGAUGUCUACAAGAAGAUCCAGGACUCGGAGAUCAGCUUUCCGGCAGGGGUAGAUGUCGAGGUUUUGGAGAAGCAGGAGAGUGGUUGGUGGUACGUCCGUUGGUGCUCAGAGGAGGGUUGGGCUCCCUCAUACUACCUUGAACCUGUCAAGAAGGUGGGUGACGCCAGUGUGUUGGAGUCAAAUGGACGUAGAAACAGUGGGAAGAAGUCCAAUAGCCUGGAGAAGAAUGAGCAGCAUGUUUUGGCACUGAAUAACAUCAACAUUCAGAGUCUGACCCAGCAGCAUCAAGGAUUGAGGGGGAAUUCUCCACCCAUUCCCUCCAAGCCCCCUGGAGGUUUCUCAAAGCCCUCAGGAUUGGUUAAUGGAGGUGUACGAAUGAGAAACGGGGUACGGCAGGUGGCGGUCAGGCCCCAGUCUGUUUUUGUCACCACUUCACAGACAUCUAAGGAUUCCCACUACAUGACUAGUUCCUUAAGGAGAAAUGAGUCCCUCGGCAGAAGCGAUCACUACAGCUCCGGUUCUGCCACUCUUGGAGUUCGCAGAAAUGCCUCUUUUAGUACUGUACGGCCGCAUGUCGUUGUUGAGAGCCAGACGAGACCAGUUGAGCGCUCCGGUCUAGGGUGCUCAGGAAGCUCCUUUAGCACCAACAAUGUCCCAGACGCCCUGAGCAGAGCAAGCCAGCGCAAUGGGAUUCCAGUGUCCACUGUGCGCCCCAAGCCCAUCGAGAAGAGCCAGCUUAUACACAACAACCUCGGCAGGGACGUGUACAUAUCCAUCGCAGACUACCGUGGCGAUGAGGAGACUAUGGGUUUCACUGAAGGAACAUGUCUGGAAGUGCUGGAGAGAAACCCCAAUGGAUGGUGGUACUGCCAGGUGCAGGACAGCCGGCUUCCCCGAAAGGGCUGGGUCCCAUCUAAUUACCUGGAGCGCAAAAAAUAAAACUCAGAGCUUCAUCACAGUCCCCCUAUAUGAUGUCUCCACGGAGUUAGGGCCAUCAGUCUCUAAGAAUGUUAUCCACAAUCUCCCUUAAGCAAUAUGUCCUUGAAAAUGUAAACUUAUGAAAAGCCGGAGAAGAUAUUAGGGGAUGCUUUUUAGUGAUGGUUCACAAAUAAUUUUUCAGAGAAUGAGAGAGAAAAGACCUAAAACUGAACACGUCUGAACCAGGAAGACUGACGUUGACGUAUGAAGGCAGAGCAAAAACCUCUUAGAGAGGUCUGGAUUCUGCAGAAGCCAAGAAGGAAUAGUGGCUUUGCUGAUUAUGAUGGCGAAUAAGUGCCUUUUGUGUUUGAUCAACUGAUGGCAGAACUUUGAAUCAACCAAAUCUUUUUUUAAGAGUGCCAUAGUCCUGCGAAGACCACCAAGAGUAUUACCAUUGCCGGUUCAGAACUUUACUAUCAAGUCCAAACAACAUGCAAAGUUUUCGUCCUGAUUCCAGUUACUAUCCAAAUGGAUAGACUGAAGAACAGAGAUUGAAGAUGGUAACUGAAUAUCCUUCUUUGUGUCUGUUUCAUCGUCGCGCUUCGAUGCAGGUCUUCCUCUGAGAAUUAUUUCUGCCGUCUUGAAACAUCUGUUUGAAGUUCAAACUAACUCUGAAAAAACAAAAAUGGAGGAAAAACCUACAUACGAUUGCACAAAUUGGCAUAAACUGUUGCUUACAUUUCUCAAAGAUGUGAUAAUACUGAAACGUGUGUAUUUAGGGACAAAUAUGGAAAAACUUGAAAUAACAGUUGGAUAUUUUAUUUGAAACUUGGUUGCCUUUGAGACCAAAAUCCAAGUCAAACCGAUUGGCUUACAAAGAUUUUAGAGUUUUAACUCCUGGAAAUAUUUUUCCUGUAUGUAUUUUGUUUUUUGUGCGUAAAAUAAAGCUGCUGCUGUUGCUGCAACAUGUUGAAUAAAUGCUGGAAGCACGGUGAAAUAAAUGAAUCCCAGGGACACUCUCAAAAUAUGUUGAAACCAAAGAGAUAAAGUUUUUCAUUGGCAAAUGAACAUUUUCUAUAUUAUCUGUUAUUUAUGGUAAAAAAAAGAAAGAGACAUUUAAUUAAAUGUUUGAAAUUAGGUUUUUAAACUGAACAAAUGUCUUUUUCUGUUCCUGGAAGCACUUGACAUGUUUUCACAAAAUUAUAGAACUAAAGAAAUAUUAUAUAAACAUAAUAUUAGAUACUGCUGUCCAUUACAGUUCUUAGAAUUUAAGAGCUUAUAUUCACAUUUAAAAGAUCCUAAAAUCCUGUAAAUAAAAUUGUGCAAUUAUGGAAAAACUGUAUCAAAUUAUUUCCCCACAAUACAUCACAUUCAGAGUUAUAAUUGAACUUUCAGACUUCUCAUUGACUGAUGUUCAAGACUGCUGAAAUAGACACAGUUUAGGCUCUAUGUGUAUUUUGUUAUGUUUCUGGACAGUAUCAUAAUCUUUAACUGCUCAAAGUCUAUUUUAACAAAACCAUACCAGUUUUUUCUUUGCUCUGUGAUUGCACUACGGCAAUAACGAGGAACGAAGUGGUGCUGUUUUGUGAAAUUAGUGCACUUUAAAUACUUUUUAUGGUGCAUUAAUGCAAAGAUGCAGUAAAUACUCAGCAUAUUAUUUAUUCAGAAUUAUUUGUCAUUGUUAUUUAAAUUUACAGCUCAAACUCUGAUGUGUAAGUCAGCUGUUUUUGUGCAAUUGGCAAAACAGAGUCCUCAUGUGGAGGUUGAGAGGUACUACAAGAUGAUUUGCUCCCUCAGUGCAAGAAUAAAAUGUGCUGCUGGUCAGUGAGUAUCUCUAAGAAAUUUCAUUAUAGUUUUUUAUCACAGUGCAGCUAAAUUUACCUAAAUAAGUUGUUACUAUGUAAUUUGUAUCAGGGAAUAAUUUAUUUUUUUUAUUUCUGUAUGCUUUGUGCUGCAACUUUAGCAAAUCACGAGCACUUCCUUCAUCUUUAUUGGCCUUUACAUAAUGCCUGAUUGUAAGCAUAUUUAUUUUUUUAAUUUUACAUAAUUUAACAAUCAGCAUAUUCACCCACUGGAUCUCUCAUCCUUAUAAUUAUCUUGGUCUCUGCCUCAAUCAGAGUUUAAAUAUCCUCAAGGCUUUUUUACAAGGGAUGGAAGGAUGGAUGGAUGGAUAGAUGGAUGGAUGGAUGGACUUGCAGGAAUGAGGGCACUGCUUCUGUCUGGGUAUGGUGCCACAAGUAUUUAUGAAUUAUGAACAUUCUGUCCAUUACAACCAUAGACCUCAGGGUCUUUAUUUGGAUUUUAUGUGAUAGACCCACACAGUGAAGCAUAACUGUAAAGUAGAAGGAGGUUAAUGUAUAGAGUCUGAGUCCUCGAUGCUUCUGUCGUGGAUCCGGUUCCUGACUUCAGGCCAUUCGUUACAUGUCUUUCCCUUUCCUUCCCCUUCUUCCUGCCGAGCUCCUAAUGAUUAAGAGUUUCCAGCUCCACAAAAUAUAAAAAAAGAAUCUGAAAAGUUUAAAGCAAAUUUGCCCACUAUUGCAAUACAUUUCUGGCCUAGUUGUUUUUCCAAAAUAGCUUAAGCUCUGUCAGAUUGGAAGGAGUGCAUCUUUGAUCAGCACUUUUCAAGUCUUGGUCCAGAUUUUCCAAUGGAUUUAGGUCUGGACUUUGACUAGGCCAUUUUAACACAUGAAUUUGAUCUAAACCACCCUAUUGUAGCUCUGGCUCGAUGUGUGGGGUUAUACUGCUAGAAGGUGAAGCUUCACCCAGUGUUGAGUCUUUAACAGCUUAUACUAACAGAUUUUCUUCUAGAACCACCCUGUAUCUAACUCUGUCACCAUGGCAUGAUGCUGCCACCACCGUGUUUCAUGAUUGGAAUGAUGUGUUCAGGAUGAUGUAGUUUAUUUUCUGGCACACAGUGAGUUUUGUAUGCAAGUCAACAAUCUGGACUUGGUUUCAUCUGAGUGAGCACCUUCUUCCACUUGUUUGUCCCUCCUUUGUUGAGAGAAAACUGUAAAUAAAACCUAUUAUGGCUUUCUGUCAACAAUUCAACACUAUUGUCACUCAUCCAUGGAACUCAGAUUUGUAGAGUGCAAGACUAAUAGUUGUCCUGUCAUCACCUGAACGUUAAAUCUCUGUAGCUUCUCAGAGUUCUCUGAAUAAUGCUCUCCUGGCCCAGCCUGUCGAUUUAGCUGUGUUCAAAGCUUGGGAUAUUGUUUCAGAACCUAACUCGGCUUUAAACCUCUCCACAUCUUUCUCCCUGAGCUGUCUGCUGCGUUUCUUGGUCUUCAUGAUGCUGUUUGUUCUUCAACAAACCUCUGAGGCCAGAAACGGAACAUCUCCAUUUACACUGAUAGUAAAUUACACACAGAAAGACUCUAAUCUCUUGAUUAGAAGACUUCUGAAAGCAAUUUAUUGCACUGGACAUUAUUUAUUUGUAUCAAAUUAAAGGUUGCUGAGUACACAAGCACGCCACACUUUUUAGAUUAACAUUUUUAUUUGUAAAAACAUGUGAAAGACAUGCAUCAUUUUCCAUGCAUGGGGCCAUAAAACCAUACAAUCAAAGCACUACGUUUUGUUCGUCUGUUACAUGAAAUCCCAAAUAAAUACAUUCAAGUUUGUGGGUGUAAGUUGAAAAAAAUGUAGAAACCUACAGGAGUGUGAAAACGUUUGGAAGUUAAUGUACAGGGAAGAGACCCGAGAGCAGACCCAGAACUCACUGGUGGGAACACAUAUUUACCCUGUGGCCUGGGAAUGGCUAAGAAUCCUCCCUGAGGAGUCAGAAAUUGUUCCUAAUACCUCUGCAAUAUCAACCCAGAUAAAUUUGGCUGAAAUUCAUACAAUAAACCUGAAACUAUACUUUGAGGGUUUUUUGGACCUUUAACUGAGACCAGAGUGAGGAUGCUGAUUUGUCCCUUAAUGACGUAGGCAUUAUGUAAAUGUGUUGAAUCACUUUAGCUCAUGCUAUGACUGUAUUUCGCUUUGUUUGAUUGCUCUGAACCUUUGUUCAAGGGAAUCUUUCUGUACCAAAUCGACAUUUGUUUGUGCAGCAUUUAUCUACACUUUGGAUUCCUUUUUUUUUCUGUGUUUUUUUGUCAAAUGUUGAAAUGUACCCGUGAGGAUAUGUGCAAUAGACAGAAACGGCCCCACAGAUGUAAAAACAUCUGCUGGGAAUCGACGUCCUGGAUCAACCCGCCAGUGUUGAGCUUGUUGUCGUCGUCGCUGACGUCUGUCUGAGUGAGGCCCUGAAAAACAUCAGACCAAAGCAGGAACAGGAGGUUCUCUGCUAUAACCUACUCAUCCACUCUUGAGUCACAUCACAUCCAUCUGCCUCUCCACACUCGAAGAACCACGGGCAUCGUCUUCAGGGGGCCCUCAGCGGCCCUGCAUUGAGCUGUCACGUUUGUGCCUGAAUGAAGUUUUGAUAUUUUUUUGUGUGUUGUUUUUUUUUCACCCUUGGGAGCAUGUCCUCUCUCUCAACCUGCAGGAAUGUCUCUGCUGACAUUUACCCCCCCUCGCUGUCAGACACAGUCAGCCCUCCUCGCUGCCGUUUACUGCAGUAAAGGUGACAUUUGGAAGUGUAGGUGAUGGAGCGUUCGGUGACGUCACCUCUAGAGUCUUGGCGGUAAACAAGAGACCUGAGAGACAAAUCCUCCUCCAGGCCAUUUCAGUUCAAUCCAUCAACUUCCAGGAUGUUCACCAAACAGGAAAAUCUGUUAUUUUUCUCAGCGCAGAGCCCCUAGCUGGCUGCGCUGAUGUGCUACAGGUCAGUGCACACAGCUCUUUGCCUUGUUAGGGACUAGAAAUCCUUCAAUUCGAAUACUUUGAGUCAAAAAUAAGGAAUAAAUCUGCUGCUGAGAGUUAAAUGAAAAGCUUGGAACCACUCUCAAAACCUUGCAGUUAAUGUUGAAGAUGUCCUUGAUGCAAAAUGUUUAGCAGGUGCAUCCUGGAAAGC